AUAAGCAUAAAACACCCGCGCGCACCCUAGUACAUGAACUAGGAUUCUCCCUUCUUCUCUUUCCAUCCCUUUCCAUCCAUUCCUUUCAUAUUCUCUUAUUUUAUCUUUUUUUUGCUAUAAAAAUUUAAUAUAAAAUAUUAACGUGUUUUAACCGUGAUUGUUCAAAUAAGAGAAAAAUGAAAAGAAAGAAAAAAAAGAGGAGAGAAAAUCCUGCUCCCCCGGACAUAACUCCCAAAGUCUCAACUUCCAACGGAUCACUCGUUGUCUAGUAAAUGAACAAGACACCAAUGCCGGCCUCCAACCCCCUAAACUCCCAAAUGAAAAUAGAUUGUCUCUGUUUCCCUUCUUGCUCUUUCCUUGUUUUGACCAAAACCUUCACCCCAUUAAUUAUCCCAUCUUAGACAAGCCCGUUUAGGCGUUUCUUUUUGUUGUUGGUAACGGACAUAAUGAAGAAAAACGUUUCGAAGUCAAAACCCAAAUUUCUGCACUGUUUCCGACCGGUGGACGUGGACAUGGUGCUCGAGACCAAAGCUUCCUGGAGGAGACAGGUCCGAACUGUUGAAUCCAGGGAGGACAAGAAGGCAGCUCCGCUGAUGAAAACAAUGUCUCUGGACAGAGGGUGUUCUUCUCCGGCAGAUUCUGUGAACUCGAAUAUGCCUCCUCGUCCGAACAAAACUUUUUCCAAGGCGGUGAAAGCCGUGGUGUUCGAAACAAUCUUGGCCAAGACAGCUCGUGAUCGGAAAGUUUGCCGGCAGUACUCGUUCGGAUCAAAGCGGUGUUUUUCGUUCAGAAAUGAGGCGUCCCUGAAUUUGGGAGGCGAUGAGUCGGUGAAAAAAAUUGAAGAAACAAAGCCAAAUUCUGAGAUGUCGUUACAUUCUCGUUCUUCCAGUUCAUCAUCAUCCGCACUAUCUUCUUCGAGUUCGGUUUCAGAAUCCGAAAGGUUGUCCAAAACUCUCUUGGACCCGACGAAACAGAGCCUCGGGAAUCCUCACAACCCCGCCGCGAAACCGAAGAACACGAAAGUGGGGUCCUACUGUUUCAACUCUGGAACAUAUUUUCUUCUCAUCAGCCUUGCAGUGACGGUAUUUUGGGGCAAGGCGAUUGCAAUCCUUGCCUCAUCAAUUUGGCUCUACUUUUUUCCGUGGCAGAGUUCGAUUACAAUCUCGCCGGAAUAUGUGAGGAGGUGGUCGGAGGCGGAGUGUAGGGAUAAUAACAAGAGGGUAAUUAUGGAAGGGUUUAUUGAUAGGAUGAACCACCACGACCACCAGACAGAGAGGGGGCAUUAAGUUUUUGACGUGAAAAUUCUCUGUUUCGUGUUUGAUGCAGCUUCUGUGGUUGGAAGGGACAUCAAGAUUUUAAUUGUGUAGGUUACUUGUGGUACACUGAGGAGAAAACACAGAACAUUCUGCAUUUACAUUUACUUCUCUGUUUUGCCUGUUUUCUUGAGACCUGUGAGUUUUAUGUGGUUAAGUUAUAUAUAUAUAUAUAUAUAUAUAUAUAUAUAUAUAUAUAUAUGUAUAUGUAUAUGUAUAUGUAUAUGUAUAUGUAUAUGUAUAAUGCAGACUAGCCAUGCCACAGAAAAUUGGAAGCGGUAUUCGUGUUGAAGAAUAUCUUGGUUGUAACCAGUUAUAUAUAAAAAAAUAUGAAUUUAUAUUCAGUACGCAA